AUGGGCCUCUUGUCGAGAGCGUACUGGACGCUAGCGGCCGCCGGGGCAGCGUAUGUGCUAGCCUUGCUGGCACUGACACACCCUUCAACACAGAGGGCGGCGACCUAUGCUCAUCUCGUGAAUCCGACCUACUGGCAGAAUCUCUCCGAUGUCGAGAACUUCGGCUUCCUUCGGGGUCAAGUCCAGCCCUUUACUGUGAAGACGCCCGACGACCAGACGAUAUACUGUUGGCAUGUACUGCCACUCCAUCUCUACAAAACGUCUGAGACCUCGCCAAGGACUCAACAGCCUGUUGUCGAGGACUACUCGGUUGCGUCAAGGCGCCCGAACCUUCGACUGCUUCUCGAGGAUCAAAAUGCAGUCCUUGUAAUCUUCUUCCAUGGCAAUGCCGGCCACCUCGCGUCCGCUCACCGUGGCCCAACCUACCAGAACUUUCUCUCUCUGUCUACGCCGGAGCGGCCGAUUCAUGUCAUUGGCUUCGACUAUCGCGGCUUUGGGCUGUCGACAGGAUCGCCAACAGAAGAGGGUGUGACGCUGGACGCAAUCACGCUUCUCUCGCAUCUGACCGGCCACGAUAUGCCAUUCUCGGUUACAGACAGCACAAAUGCGGCUCUUCAAUCUCUCAAGACUACCAACAACACCAUUUCUCCCGAUCGCAUUGUUCUGGUCGGCCAGUCCAUGGGCACUUUUGUCUCCACGGCAACCUACCAUGCUUGGACAGCGCAGCUGCAACGCCCGGCUCCACGAGCUCUUGUUCUUUUUGCCGGCUUUACGUCACUCACUAAAUUGUUGGACACGUAUAGCAUCAAAGGCCUGACGCCUCCUUUGCUCUCUCCGCUGAUUGCCUGGCCGUACGCGCAGACUUGGUUCCUUUCCAGGAUUCACGACAAAUGGGAUACCCAGUCGCGUCUCGUUGAAUUGGUCCGAGCACCCGACAUUCCACUUGACCUUACGAUCAUGCAUGCAAGGGACGACUGGGAAAUCAUGUGGGGCAACGGCCGAGGCAACUGGGAGGCAAUUCUAGACGCAGUGGGCGAAAAAGAUAUCUACACAGAGAAGGUCAAGACUGGUGAGCUCUCUUGGUCGAAGCUGAGAUGGGAUGGUGGUGGGGAGGCUGGCACGAAGGUGGUGAAGUGGGAGUUGAUGGAGAGAGGUGGGCACAACAGACUCACCACGAGUGAGCAAGGGAAGUUGGCAGUGUGGGGUGCAAUUGAAGGAUGGAAAGAUAGCCAAGCUGUCGACUGA